CCGAAACGUCCUCAGCUCGACAGCACGGUUUCAGGUCCAGCUCAAUCUGUGAGACACAAACUGCUCUUUGUCACUGUUAAGGCUCUUAUCAGAGCUGAGAUGAACCGACAAAGAAACCAGUCCUCCGGGACACAGCAGUUUGGUUCUGACCUGUUCGUCCCAGCUCAGCACAGGCCGGCCUCAGUGCCGCUGUACACUGAGCAGCAAAAUGCUGUGGAACAGGGCCUCAGAGACGCCCUCUACACUGCUAUCAAUGAGAUCAAGUCUCUAAAGGAGGAGAACAAGUCUCUAAGGGACAAAAUGCACCUGCAGCAAGGUGAAUGGAGGCAGGUGGAGAGCCAGCUCCAGGGGGAGCUCAAAAGAACCAUCAAGAAAAGGCAGGCUCGCACGAAGGCCCACAUUGACGUCCUGGCCCUGCUCGCUCAGCGGGAGGCUGAGCUGGAGAGCAGAGAGGAGGAGUGGAAGGCCAGGUGUGGAGCACUGGAGGUGAGCCUGCAGGAGCUGGUUCAGAGAGAGCAGGAGGCAGAGCUGGAGGAGAAACUGGCUCAGAAAGAUCUGGGGGAGACAAACAUUAAAAACAAGGAGGAGGACAAGAGUCAGGAGGAACAGGAGGAGACAAAGAUUAAAAAUGAGGAGGAGAACAACAAAAUGAACCUGCAGCAAAGUGAAUGGAGGCAGGUGGAGAGCCAGCUCCAGGAGGAGCUCCGUCAGAAAGACGAGCUGCUCAAAAGGAGCAUCAAGAAAAGGCAGGCUCGCACGAAGGCCCACGUUGACGUCCUGGCCCUGCUCGCUCAGCGGGAGGCUGAGCUGGAGAGCAGGGAGGAGGAGUGGAAGGCCAGGUGUGGAGCACUGGAGGCGCACCUGCAGGAGCUGGAGAGGAGAGAGGAGGACUGGAGCAGGAGAGUGGAGGAGGCAGAGCUGGAGGAGAAACUGACUCAGAAGUAGCUGGAGGAGGCAAACGUUAAAAGCAAGGAGUAGGAGAAUAAGAGGGUUACCUACAGCACAACAUCCCUCUUCCUGAUACCCCUUUCUCCCUUACCUUACCCCCUCCCCACUUCCUCAUUCCCUCUACUCCUUUUUCCCUC